AUGUUGCCGCGGCGCGUUACCCAAACACGCCUGACCGGCAGGUCAAUCUUGCAGACGCAGCUCAGGAAGUUCUCCUCUGCUCCGAGUAUCAACAAGGGGAUGAGAUACACUGCGAUUGCCGGUGUAGUCGCUGCGCCAUGCCUUUGGUGGUUGAUAACUAUCCGCGACGAUGCGCCAAGUCUUGCAAGCCCGCCCGCUCAGCAUCUGGUCAUUGAGCCGGGCCCUUCCAGAGACCAAGUGACGCGCAUCAUAUCGCAAGACGCAUAUUCUUUUCGGGUCACAAGUGUUCCCGGGGUCGACAGAUAUGAUGGCACUCAACUUGGCUCCAACGCCCUGUGCGAGGAUCGGUUCACCCAUGGCAAAUUCCCUUCGCCAUGGAAUGAUGGCAGCCAGUGGAUGGCCUGGGCCGUUUUCGACGGGCAUGCAGGUUGGCAGACAGCAGACUUGCUAGAGAAGCAACUCCUGGCCCAUGUACGACACAGCUUAAGCCAGAUCAAGCCAGCAUUAAUCGGAGGAUCCGUACCUGAGGUUGUCCGGCACGCUAUUACAACGGCAUUUGUUAAUCUAGACGAUUCUAUUAUUAAGACAGCUAUGGAUGUGGCUCAGAGCAAAGAACCACUGCAAGACAAGAUCAAGAAGCUGGCUCCCGCUCAUGCCGGUUCAUGCGCUCUGCUAUCAUUGUAUGAUCCUGUUACAAGGAACUUGCAUGUGGCAUGCACUGGCGAUUCAAGAGCGGUUUUGGGACAAAAGGGGGCAAACGGCAAAUGGGAAGCGAUACCGUUGUCGGUGGAUCAAACCGGCGAUAACAAGGAAGAAGUUGCCCGGCUCAGCAAGGAGCACCCUGGCGAAGAAAACAUUGUCAAGAAUGGUCGGGUUUUGGGGAUGAUGGUCUCACGAGCUUUCGGCGAUGGUCGGUGGAAGUGGCCUUUGGACUUUCAGCUGGAUUUGACGCGGAGAUUUUACGGCAUGGCACCCCUGACCCCAAAGUACGACUUUCGAACUCCGCCAUAUUUAACCGCCGAGCCGGUUGUAACAACCAUCAAGAUCGAUCCCAGCAAACCAACGUUCUUAGUCAUGGCGACGGACGGCCUGUGGCAUAUGCUCUCCAAUCAGCAGGCUGUCGAUCUGGUGGGGGUCUGGGUGGAUUCACAGGCGCUGGGGAAAAGCAGCAGGAAACCGGAGGCAACGUAUGAACCAUUCGAUUUUGGCCAAUUCUGGAAAGGAGUGAACUGGAAGUUUGUUGAGGGUAGAACAACAAACCAAGAUGAUAAUGCUGCUGUGCACCUGGUCGGCUGGCCUUUAGCCCUCCAUUUUCCCGACGUUAAUAUAGCAGCCUGCACAGAUCCCCCUGCCGGAUACGCCACCAUCGAGACCUCCUACUCCCCCGGAUUCUGCCCUGGGGACUCCACCUACGAACUGAACGGCAGACUAGUCGCUGUAGCGCUGGAUCUGGUCCCAAAUGUCGUAAAUGCUGAAGACUCCCCUGAAGUCGGUGUCUCCGAACACACCCAAGUUAUUGCAAGAGAAGAAUUGGAAGAUGCGAGCUCUGGAGACUGA